AAUGUUAUCCUCACCUAACCUCUUCCGCUGAAUGCUUUCUGUCAAUCGACUCGCGUAUAGCUCGGGCCCCCGACAGUACCAGCUACGCAAGAAGGCUGCGCGAAGUAGGUUCGUAGUGACUUGGGCGGAGGCUGACCGCCAAGCAAAAGCUCAUGUUUCACUAUGUCUGUUACCAUCGUCAGACACAUUGCUGGGAAUUCACUAUCACCCGGAUGCCUGGCUAGGCGCACCUGUGAGGCCAUUCCAGCUGGACGCAUUACUAGGCCCGCUCCCACCUUCUGCGCCUGGCAAUUCCCAAGCGAAGACGGCGAGCUCAUCUGUAUAACCGACGCCGAGCCCGCCUACAAGGAGAAGGUGGUUGUCAUGCUCGAGCAUGCAUGUACCAAGGAGGCUGCGAAGAAUGUUCAGCUGCUCAAUGGGCUGGAGCACCAAGUCGGUAGGCUGAAGGACGGAAAUGUCGGACUGAUGGAGACAUCACUUCUUGAAGUACUUCGCGAAGGCAAGCGGAAUCUGAUGGAGUACAAGGACACUUGGCACACUCAGCAUGUCGUUAUUCCCGCGCUUGAGGAGUAUGAGCGAGAACAGAUCGCCAAUGGUCUGGUGGAGAAGGACUGAGAGCCACAUACUCUGGACGGGGAAUUCGUACUUUUAUCGAGCCAGACGGCGACGUUGCUACCUGCAGCGAGACCACCGACGACCUGCAGCAGGACCUUUCUCGCUACGCUCAGCGCAACCACAGCCCGAAGGAUGGAGCCGCUCGUGUUUUAUUGAAUUUGAUGGACAAGGCCGCUCGAAACACGGAGCGUAUACAUGGGAGCUCAAAGCCGCAAUCGAGGGCAUGCCAAGUGAUCGGCGCGAGCUACAGGAGCAGGUC